AUGUCCCUGCUGAACAGCAGCUGGUUGCUGUUUGUCUCAGAGAACAGGGAGCACGGAGCAUCUUCUGGGUCUAAAAAUACCCCAGGCUGCUUCCCCCUUGGCCACCCCCUGGAAGCAGCUCUGGAGAGCCAGUCACGCUUCGCUGGGUCCCGGAUGGCCGAGCUGGGCGUGUGGUCACGGCGAGAGAGCCGGCAGAACCCCAGAGCGGGCAUCUCAGCUCUGCCCCCUCUUGCUCAGGUCCCAAGGCUGGUGGCGGUGCAGGUGGAAGGUCAGGAGCUCUUGCUGGAGCUGGAGAGGAACAGCAGGCUACUGGCCCCAGGAUACACAGAAACCCACUACAGCUCAGCUGGGCAGCCAGUGGUGCUGGGCCCCCACCACACGGAUCAUUGCCACUAUCGUGGGCGAGUGAAGGGCUUCCCCGACUCCUGGGUAGUCCUCAGCACCUGCUCUGGGAUAAGAGGUCUGAUCUCACUGGGCAGCAAUGUCAGCUAUUAUGUGCACCCCUGGCCGACCAGAAACUCGGAGGAUUUCUCCACCCACAGGAUCUUCCGAACCCAGCAGCUGCUCAGCUGGAAAGGGGCCUGUGGCCAUGAGGAUCUGGAGAACAAAGAGGACAUGGCCAGCGUUUCCUGGGACACCCUGAUCAGGGAAAGGAGAGAAGUGCUCAGGACCCGGAGAUACCUGGAGCUGUACCUGGUAGCUGACCACACUCUGUUCUUGGUCCAGGAUCGGAACUUGAACCGCACCAAGCAGCGCCUCUUGGAGGUCGCCAGCUAUGUGGACCAGAUUCUCCGAACUCUGGACAUUCAGGUGGCGCUGACCGGACUGGAAGUUUGGACUGAGCAGGACCAGAGUCAGAUCACGCCGGAUGCUAAUGCCACGCUGUGGGCUUUCCUGCACUGGCGCCGGGGUCUGUGGGCGCGGCAUCCGCACGACUCGGCCCAGCUGCUCACGGGUCGCGCUUUCCUGGGUGCCACCGUGGGCCUGGCCCCAGUCGAGGGCAUGUGCGGCGCCCUGAGCUCUGGAGGUGUGAGCAUGGACCACUCUGAGCUCCCCCUGGGCGCCGCGACCACCAUGGCCCACGAGAUCGGCCACAGCCUGGGCCUCAGCCACGACCCGGACGGCUGCUGCGCCGAGGCCUCGGCGGAGCAGGGCGGCUGCGUGAUGGCAGCGACCACGGGGCACCCGUUCCCGCGCGUGUUCAGCGCCUGCAGCCGCCGCCAGCUGCGCGCCUUCUACCGCAAGGGGGGCGGCGCGUGUCUCUCCAACGCGCCCGACUCGGGGCUCCUGGAGACGCCCGCGCGCUGCGGGAACGGCUUCGUGGAGGAGGGCGAGGAGUGCGACUGCGGCCAGGUCAGGGACUGCCCCGACCCCUGCUGCCUGGCGCACAACUGCUCUCGGCGUGCGGGGGCCCAGUGCACGCACGGAGACUGCUGCGCGCGGUGCCUGCUAAAGCCGGCUGGCGCGCUGUGCCGCCGAGCUGCGGGCGACUGCGACCUCCCGGAAUUCUGCACGGGCACCUCCCCAUACUGCCCCCAGGACACGCAUCUGCUGGACGGGUCGCCGUGCGCCAGCGGCCGCGGUUACUGCUGGGACGGCGCGUGCCCCACACUGGCGCAGCAGUGCCAUCAGCUCUGGGGCGCAGGCUCGCGCCCAGCCCCGCAGGCCUGUUUCCUGGCGGUGAACUCGGUGGGCGACGCCCACGGGAACUGUGGCCCGGAUAGCACGGGUGGCUUCGUGCCCUGCGCGGAGAGGGAUGCGCAGUGUGGGAGGCUCCAGUGCCAGGGCGGGGAGCCCACCCCGCUCCUGCCCUACACUGUGUCUGUGGAUGCCACCGUUCAAGCAAAUGGCCGGGACAUGUCCUGCAGGGGCGCUUUGGUGUUGUCCGGUGCCCAGCUGGACCUGCCUGAUCUGGGUGUGGUAGAGCCUGGUACCCCUUGUGGUCCUAGAAUGGUGUGCCAGGAUAACCGCUGCCAGAAUGCCACCUUCCAGGAGCUGGAGCGCUGCCUGGCCUCCUGCCACGGUCACGGGGUCUGCAACAGCCACCAGCACUGUCACUGCGCGCCAGGCUGGGCACCACCCUACUGCGACAAGCCAGGGACUGGCGGCAGCGUGGACAGUGGCCCAGUGAAGCCUGAAAGUGGAGCCUCCUUCCUGCUGGCCGUGAGCCUGAGCUUCCUGCUGCCUCUGCUGCCCGGGGUGGGCCUGGCCUGGUGCUGCCGCCGCCGCCCGGGAUGGUGCCUCUGUGGCUCCCAGCGGGCCUCCCCAUGCAGCCGGAACAAGAACAGACACUCCAAGAUCCUGAACCCCGGGGCCGAGACAGCUUCUUCCCUGACCUUUGUUCCACCCUCCUGGACCCCAGAGCCUCAUGGGAACUGA